CUCAAAUUUGGUCCCUGUUAUUUGUGUUUUGAACACAUCAGCCCCCCUACAAUUUGCAGGCCGUGUUUGGAUUUAGGGAUAGUACCCAAAAAGUGAUCCUAAAUAUCGGGUAUCUUUGUUCGUCUGAAUAAACAUUAGAAAACAAAAAGGAUGACAAAAUUACACCACCUUAAGUUGAGAACAGAAAUACGGCAGCCAGAGAAAAAAGUGCGAAUGCAUUAUUUUAUAGGAGUCCUUUUCGUGGAUCAGUGACAAAAUUUUAAACGAAGAAUAUUCAGAGCUCUUUUUUUCUUUCUUGAUGACAACCUCUUGGGCCUUGGCUAUUUGCUAAAGCUACAGUAUUACCUCUCGCAUCCAUUUUUUUUUUUUAAACUUUUGUGGCAGGGAACGAGAUUUUGCUAGAUUCCAGCCAGAAUUGUACGAACGAAUUUGUGCAGAAAAGGUUCAGUUUUUUUUCUUCUAAAAAGACUGAAAGAGAAGUAGGCCUAGUGGUAAUUUUAGGGUAAAUUUUUUUUCCCCCACUACGAACACUUGUCUAGAAAAAGAAUUUUAAACCAUGAAAUGCUUGUUGUCUGGUUUGUUUAUCUUUGGUUAGGGUCGGUUUUGUAAAAAUGUGUUUUUUUGUGUGUGUGUGUGUGUGUGAGGAAGAUUGAUGAGUUAAUUUAUAAUGAUGGGGAGUUGAAUGAAACCAUUAUCAUCUCUAGAUCUUGACAGGCGGAGAAUGCCGGAAAGCGGGCGUCAGCUAAGCCGCCGGGUCCUUUUUGCAACUAUUUUAAUUACCACCAUGUGAACACAAUUAUAUCACGCGUAACCCUAACCUACCUAACCCACCUCGCCCUACAAACUUUACAAAUAUGCUUCAAUAAUUGAACAUAAAGGGCCCUGGAUUACAAUUAACAGGAAAAAGAAAAGCUGGCUUGUUUCUACAAUCCUGCCUUCUAUCUAUCAUUCUGUUUGACAGUAGGUUUUGUUAGAUGCGAUCUGACUCUAAUGCUCAACUGCUCACAACAUCUUGUGAGCACGCAUUUAUAGAGGUUGGUUGUUGUCUGGGGGUCGGACUCAGACACAAAGCUAAGCUUUUGUGGUUGUUGGAUAGACACGAUGAGGUUGUUAGGGUGUGAACGUGGACUCUUGACUCUGGGUUGUUGCCUUGUUGGAAAGUGGAAAGCAUGUCAGCGGCAGCUGUGGAUUUGUUUGGGGCUGUGCCUGUGAUAGGAAAACACCAAAAGCCAUUUCACUUCCCAUUGCCCACCUACCGUAAAUUUAUCUUGUUUAUAUUUCCUAGUUAGAUUAACAUGUGAUCUUGUAUUCUAAGGUAUAUAUAUGCAUGUCCUGUUAUGGUCUCUCAUUGAAUAAUAUAUCUGCUUUGAUUUCGGUCAUGUGUUGAUUUUGGGUUUAGGUGUUUGGUGAAGCAAGGAGAGAUCAGCCCAAGCUUUAAGGAAGCAGGGUUCUGGCUGACUGCUAAGUGUGUUGUGGCGAUGGCGGGGGAGGAGAUUAACCAGAAGCUUUUAACAAAAACUGUUGAGGCAGAAAUCGAGGAAAUACCCUUGAAGUCCAAGAUAUGGACGGAAGCCAAGAAAAUGUGGAUUGUGGCUGCCCCAGCUACCUUCACCAGGUUCUCUACCUUUGGAAUCAAUGUCGUCAGUCAGGCUUUCAUCGGCCAUAUUGGGUCGACUGAACUCGCUGCUUAUUCCCUUGUCUUCACUGUCCUCCUGAGAUUCGCUAAUGGUGUCCUGCUGGGAAUGGCUAGUGCAUUGGAAACUCUUUGUGGGCAAUCAUUCGGGGCGAAGCAGUACCACAUGCUGGGAGUGUACCUGCAGAGGUCGUGGAUCGUUUUGAUAAUGUGCGCGACUCUGAUGCUUCCGAUAUUCAUCUUCACCACUCCACUCCUGGAGUUACUGGGCCAAGAGGCUUAUAUUGCAGAAGUUGGAGGAACUAUUUCACUAUGGUUGAUCCCAGUGAUGUUCGCCUCCAUUGCUUCCUACACCUGCCAGAUGUUCCUUCAGGCACAGAGCAAGAACGUGCUCAUUGCAUAUUUGGCUGCAGCUUCCAUGGCCAUCCACUUGGUCCUUUCCUGGCUGUUGACCAUAAAGUACAGGUAUGGGAUCCCAGGAGCAAUGAUAUCCACGAUUCUAGCUUAUUGGAUCCCCAAUAUAGGUCAGCUCUUCUUUGUUACUUGUGGUGGUUGCCGUGAGACGUGGAAGGGUUUAUCGUUCUUGGCAUUUAAGGAUCUGUGGCCUGUUGUCAAACUCUCUGUUUCAUCUGGUGCCAUGCUUUGCCUUGAGCUCUGGUACAACACAGUGCUAGUGCUUUUGACAGGGAACAUGGAGAAUGCCGAGGUUGCUAUCGAUGCUCUUGCUAUCUGCCUCAACAUCAAUGGAUGGGAGAUGAUGAUCUCACUUGGUUUCUUAGCAGCUGCCAGUGUGAGGGUUUCAAAUGAGCUCGGGAGGGGCAAUGCCAAAGGCGCCAAGUUCGCCAUUGUGAUGACAGUUGCAACCUCAUUCAUCAUUGGAGUAGUGCUAUUCCUAGUGUUCCUAUUCUUGAGAGGGAAGGUUGCUUAUUUGUUUACGGAAAACGUGGAAGUAGUCCGCGCUGUCUCCGAUCUCUCACCACUACUGGCCUUCUCCAUUCUCCUCAACAGCAUUCAACCCGUCCUAUCUGGCGUUGCUCUUGGAGCUGGAUGGCAGAGUAUUGUUGCAUACGUCAACAUAGCUUGCUAUUACCUUGUUGGUAUCCCAGUUGGAGUUGUUCUUGGAUAUGUGUUUGACAUGCAAGUCAAAGGUGUCUGGAUUGGAAUGCUGUUUGGAACAUUCAUCCAAACAAUCAUUCUCAUUGUGAUCACCUACCGAACUGACUGGGACAAACAGGUUCUUCUUGCUCGCAACCGUGUCAACCGGUGGUACACACCAGUAGCAGAACCUGAGGAGCAAAGUUUGGUGUCUUCCUAGGUUUCAACUACCAGUAGAAACUAGUAACUUAGAUUGUUGUGUGGCAAAUUCAUCCCAACUAGUCCAAGCAUCUCUUCACCCUUCCAUCCUAAUUUUGCCUUUUGUUACUGCAGAGUAACAAAAAAAAUAUGUAGAC